UGUCACGGCGCUCGGUACAAGUGCCAAGUGGUUGGCUGUCCUUGAAGAUCGUGGUUUAAAACCCGGUCAAACCUACGCUUUGAAACAGCUGCGUACCAUCUUCUCCACUGGAUCUCCUCUGGCACCGCGCUCCUUUGACUUUGUCUAUCGUGAUGUGAAGUCGGACUUGAUGCUUGGCUCAAUCUCCGGUGGCACCGAUAUGAUAGGCUGUUGUGUUGGCUGCUGCCCUAUACUACCUAUCCACCGAGGACAAAUCCAAUGCCGCUUCCUGGGAAUGGCUGUUGAAUCUUGGGACGAAGAUGGUCAACCGCAUUGGGAUCAAAAGGGUGAACUGAUCAUCGCCAAGCCUUUUCCCUCAAUGCCAGUCGGUUUCUGGCGUGAUGAUAGCGGAAGCAGAUACCAGGCGGCCUACUUUGCAAGAUUUGGUGACGUUUGGGCGCACGGUGACUUUAUUGAACUGCACAGUGAUACUCUGGGGCUAACUAUCAGCGGACGGAGUGAUGCGACUUUGAACCCAAGCGGAAUAAGGUUUGGCAGCGCCGAAAUUUACAAUUUGAUCGAGUCGUUACCCGCUAUUUCUGACUCCCUUUGUGUCGCCCAGUCAAAUCAGAGCCGUACGGAUGAACGCGUUCUUCUUUUCGUCAAACCAGCUGAUAUCGCCGGCGGUGAUACUGCACUGCCCAAAGAACUUGAGGACCAGAUACGGAAUGUUAUCCGGUCUCAACUAUCGCCCAGGUUCCUACCGGCCAUCAUACAGAGCGUCCCUGAAAUUCCGUACACUGUGAAUGGGAAGAAAGUUGAAUUGGCCGUACGCAGACUUUUGGAAGGCCAAUCACCCCAGAAGGCAUUUGCUAAAGAGUCUCUUGCUGACCCAACUAUUGUAGAUUUGUACGCCCACAUUGCCGAACUCAUUGGACAAUUCGACUAG